AUGUUUCCCCACAGUUUAGUUGUUUCGCUACUCUGUUAUCAAAAUGAAGUGGUGUUUGCUAACGGUUUCGAUCGCCGCACUCCUCCAGUCGUCGAUUUGUUCCGGAAAUUGGGAAAAAUCAUCUAAUGGAGUUGGAUAUGAGUUGGUUCAAUCGCGACUGGAUGGAAUGCAAUUGAAAUUAACAGAACUUCUUGAAAAGUUCGAAGUUUUGCUGAACCAACAGGUUUCAACCAAUAAACACAUCAAGGAAUUGACAACAAGUUUGGGAUCACGCAGUUGUAGCCAAACGUCAACAAACGUCACCAUUCCGACGGGAUGCGUCACAAUCCGCAGCUAUUUCGCGGACAAAUAUCUGGCCGUCUCGUCGAACUACGAUUCCCAGCGGCGCCAGGUGGCCCUGCAGAGCAACCCCGAGCAGUGGACACUGGUCCGGGAGUCUGGCUUCUACCGGAUAACGCGCCGCCAGGGUCAGGAAGAUUUAUACGCUGCGAUGGGGGACCUGGCUUACGAUGCCCAGCGGCGUCGGAUUUUCACCUGGAUUCCCGGAUUCGGAGAUAAUCAGGGCAAAUGGGAGAUUGAGGAGGCGGCCGGCUUCGCCGGGAUGGUCCACAUCCGGGCUGAGUACUUUGGCGAGUACCUUUAUGCGGCGGAUUUUGAUAAUCAAGUUUUCACUUGGAUUCCGAAGGGAGCGCCGGGAAAGGACUCGCAGUACCUCUGGAAGAUUGAGCAGUGUUAGACGAAAUUAUACUGUUUGACAAAGGUUUACUCACGCAACGUGUACUUGACAGAUUCGAGGUACACUGUAACAAAUCGUCACGUUAAAAUGCCGAGUUUCACUUUUCUAUUUCACGAGUCAAUAACCCAAAAAAAAACCAGGCAAUGAGCGAUGAAACCACCGCAAAUAAAACAACUUCGCGGUCAAUUAAAUCUGCCACGGAA